GCGCUGCUGCGGGGCCAGUCGGGACGGAGGAGACAAGAUGGCGCUGCGGACGAUGCGGGGGAUCGUGAAUGGGGCCGCACCCGAGCUACCCAAGGCCACCAGUGGGCCCGUGGUGGGAGCUCGGGAACAGGCGCUGGCAGUUAGCCGGAACUACCUCUCCCAGCCUCGCCUCACAUACAAGACAGUAUCAGGAGUCAAUGGUCCACUAGUGAUUUUAGAUCAUGUUAAGUUUCCCAGAUAUGCUGAGAUUGUCCACUUGACAUUACCAGAUGGUACGAAGAGAAGUGGACAAGUUCUAGAAGUUAGUGGUUCUAAAGCAGUGGUUCAGGUAUUUGAAGGUACUUCAGGGAUAGAUGCCAAGAAAACGUCCUGUGAGUUUACUGGAGAUAUUCUCCGAACACCGGUGUCUGAGGAUAUGCUUGGUCGGGUAUUCAAUGGGUCAGGAAAACCCAUUGACAGAGGCCCUGUUGUGCUGGCUGAAGACUUCCUUGACAUCAUGGGCCAGCCAAUCAAUCCUCAGUGUCGAAUCUACCCAGAGGAGAUGAUUCAAACUGGUAUUUCAGCCAUAGAUGGCAUGAACAGCAUUGCCAGGGGGCAGAAAAUUCCUAUCUUUUCUGCUGCUGGCUUACCACACAAUGAGAUUGCAGCUCAAAUCUGUCGUCAGGCUGGUUUGGUAAAGAAAUCCAAAGACGUAGCAGACUACAGUGAAGAGAAUUUCGCAAUCGUAUUUGCUGCUAUGGGCGUAAACAUGGAAACCGCCCGAUUCUUCAAGUCCGACUUUGAAGAAAAUGGCUCAAUGGACAAUGUCUGCCUCUUUUUGAAUUUGGCUAAUGACCCAACCAUUGAGCGAAUCAUCACUCCCCGCCUGGCUCUAACCACAGCCGAAUUUCUGGCCUACCAGUGUGAGAAGCACGUACUGGUUAUCCUCACAGACAUGAGUUCUUAUGCUGAAGCACUCCGAGAGGUUUCAGCAGCCAGAGAAGAAGUUCCAGGUCGUCGAGGUUUCCCAGGUUACAUGUAUACAGAUUUAGCGACAAUAUAUGAACGUGCUGGCCGAGUGGAAGGUAGAAAUGGCUCUAUUACUCAGAUCCCAAUUCUCACCAUGCCUAAUGAUGAUAUCACCCACCCCAUCCCUGACUUGACUGGAUAUAUUACAGAGGGUCAAAUCUAUGUGGACAGGCAGCUGCAUAAUAGACAGAUUUACCCACCUAUUAAUGUGCUACCCUCAUUAUCACGGUUAAUGAAGUCUGCUAUCGGAGAAGGUAUGACCAGAAAGGAUCAUGCUGACGUGUCCAACCAGCUGUAUGCCUGCUAUGCUAUUGGCAAGGAUGUCCAAGCCAUGAAAGCUGUAGUUGGAGAAGAAGCACUUACCUCAGAUGAUCUUCUUUACUUGGAAUUUCUACAAAAGUUUGAGAGGAACUUUAUUGCUCAGGGUCCUUAUGAAAACCGUACUGUCUACGAGACCUUGGACAUUGGCUGGCAGCUGCUCCGAAUCUUCCCCAAAGAAAUGCUGAAGAGAAUCCCGCAGAGCACCCUGAGCGAGUUUUACCCUCGAGACUCUGCAAAGCAUUAGCUGCUACUUCAUCCCUGGCUCGAUACGCUUAUGAAAUACUGGUUCUAUUUUCUUUAUUCCUUUUGCACUCCUCCAUCCCCAUCUUUGUGUUGAAGUUUACCAUGUUACCCUGUAAUUAAAAACAAAGAAUAGGUAACAUAAUGUGCCAGUGUUCCGAUGUUUUAAACUGAUAACAGACUUUAAAAUAUCUCCUAUUCAGAAAGCCUGGAUCUUCAAUGCCUUGUUUAAAAUAGCUGCAGGGAUGGAAGUGACGUUUUCUUAUCUGAUGUGUGUAUUUGUACAUAGUGACGUAGGUAGUUGCCUAAUAAUGUCCUCAUUAUUUGGGUCUUCUCGACCUGGUCCCUAAACCCCCUAAGAGCAUCACUAUCUGAAGUUAUAAAGCUUUGGCCUCCAAAUUAGGGGCCAAGAUCAGGUCUGAAAGGAUCCUCCUUUAGGGAGAGGCAUGAGGCUCUUUCUGAACUUUGGCUUUUGGAUUACGUUGUUGUGCCCCUGCUAUGCUGCUGCUCUAAGCAGGUGGCUCUUACCGCCCACUUGCUCUUUCCUUCCUGAUGAACAGAUUUACAAAGGAAGCUUUGUUUUCCUUUUAAUUUUACUAUGUGUCGAGUUGGGACUCUUGUGUCUUACAGUCGUCCCUCUCAGUAACACAGAAUCAUGCAACCUUUGCACGGCUGGUGUGUCUGGUAGGAGUGAGAUGCCUCGUCUCGGCGACCCAUCCUGGGUUUCCAUGCAGAGGAAUCACAGAAUUAAAAUAACUCACAGAAUUGUCGCUUGGAAGAGUUGGGGUGGAAUCAAAAGAAGAAAGCAAAACCUAGUCCCGUUCCAUUCUGACUUGUUAACAGCGGGUUCAAGUUUCUACAGUGUUUAUCAGAUGCAGAAGGCAGGAUGGGAAGGAGAAAGGUGACCACUCAUGUGUUUUAUGGAUAUUUUAAACUCUGUUAGAGAGCACCUUGGGAAAUUUCCCCUAUUUGUUCCUGCUUUCUGACCUGUCUUUGCCUUUUCAGGGUAAUCUUGUGGCACAAGUGAUAGCAUUUAAAAGCUUUAGAAGUGUAAUUCUUGCUCCUUCCUCAUGUUAGCCCUGAAGCUAUCUUCUAUGCAGCUCUGCCGUGUCUACUCUUUGGUCACUUUGUGUUCUGUGUUACUUGGGUGCAAUAGCAACUUCUCUACUCUGAGCAUUCCAUCUUUCAAGUUGUGUAAGUUCUUUCCUUUUUUUCUUCUGAGGGUGUAGGGGGUGGGGGGAGCCAGCAUGAUAAUAUUUUAAUGUAGAAAAUGUGACAUCUGGAUAUAAAAUGAAAAUAAAUGUUAAAUUAAAUGGAA